AGAGAUUUUCAACGUUGCACUGUCAAAUAUCAAUUGCCUUGCCAUUUUGUUGAUAAUUGGAAAGUACCAUUUUCAGAUAAUAAUUAUUAAUAAUGCCGAAAUAUUAUUGUGAUUAUUGUGAUACUUACCUUACACAUGACUCUCCAAGCGUUCGUAAAACCCACUGCACAGGUCGUAAGCACAAAGACAACGUUAAGUUUUUCUAUCAAAAGUGGAUGGAAGAACAAGCCCAGCACUUAAUUGACGCCACCACAGCCGCUUUUAAAGCUGGUAAGAUCGCAAACAAUCCAUUUGCUACAGCAGGAAAAGGUGUGGCGAUUCCACCACCAGCUGCGCUAACGAUGGCUCAACGUCCACCAGGUCCGGGCGCACCGGGAAUGCUUCCGCCAGGUGCUGCAGUACCGCCAAUGAUGAUGGGACCUCACGGUCCUAUGCCACCAAUGAUGGGAAUGCGACCUCCCAUGAUGGGUAUGAUGCCAAUGGCCCAAAUUGCACCUGGAGCUAUGGGCCCUGUACGACCUGUUAUUAACGGCCCACAAAUUAAAAGUUAAUUUUUAGGUUUAGUGGUUAGAAUAAUUUAUAUUCCGACAUAUUUGUUUUAUGAUUUUAAGAACAAUAUAAUAUAAAUUCAAGUACAGAUUUUA